UGUUUGUUGUGAUUACUUGUGUUGUUUAUAGUAUUAACUAUGUCACUGUUCCGAAUUUUUGAUGAAGAUUUGAAGUCAAGUUUUUUUCUUAAUGAUCUUUCCUUUUUGUGUUACUUUUCCUUCACUGCAACUGAACAAGGAAAUGCUGUCUAUUUGAACUGAAGAGGCAGGAAGAAACACAACAUCUUUAUAAGCAGGAAGAAACAUAACAUCGUUAUCAUCAUCAUUCCUAUCAAGUUGAACCUGUUAAGCCCCGAGCCUGUUUUUCAGGCCUCAGGCUCGAAAAGGACAUUUGCAGAACAAAUGACUUAUCUUCACUUCUAAAAGGGGAUGGUGAAGAUAUCAGGAAGAGUCACUUGGAGCUGUGUAGCUCUGCUCCUUGCCCUGACCUCUGUGUCAGCUGUACAGAGAGAGCUCGAUUCAAUCAGUGAUUUGAAGAAAAUCAACUUUGACCAAUCUGUGCCCAAGCACAGUCUUCUGCUGCUCCACUGGUUUGCCAACACAAUUGACAUUGAUGAGGAUGAUGUCAUAGAGCUGACCUUUGACCCAGACAGUGGAGAUUAUGGCUCACAUUAUUAUGGCAACUUUGAGGAGCUGCUGGACCCACUGCCUCGGGGAAAUCAAUACAGGUACUACACUAUUGGAAAUCUCCAUCAGGAAACGUCCAUUCCACUUCCUCCUUAUGUUGUCGACCCCCCAGGAGAGUAUGUGGGAAGAAACAUGGACAGGAUCGUUAUUCGUGUCAGGGAGCCAAACUCAGGACGGCAACUUUGGCCAAUAAUAGACCAAGUGUAUAUCACACAGCAUAUUCCACAUCAGGGGGAAUAUGAUCCAGAUCAUACCUACAGCAUCACCACUAACCUCCUGAGGCAGAUCAGAGAGUUUUCUGUGGGAGAAAAUCAUCAGCCACUGAUGCCUCUCAGAAACCGCUUUGGAAGCAACGCUGAUCAUUUGGACAUUGUAAGCACAUGGGGUGAACUUGCAUGCCUUGGACUGCUGUUGUAUAUUGUGAUCCAGGAACAGCACUCCUCUAAGCAACAGAACAACCGACCAAAAGUCUACAACAAACCAGAAGACAACAUCAGAGCUGAAAGCAUCCAUACACCACAAAUCAAACCUACACCACAAAGCAUCCAUACACCACAAAUCAUCCCUACACCACAAAUCAUCCCUACACCACAAAGCAUCCAUACACCACAACAAAUCCCUACACCACAAAGCAUCCAUACACCACAAAUCAUCCCUACACCACAAAUAAUCCAUACACCACAAAUCAUCCAGACACCACAAAGCAUCCAUACACCACAAAGCAUCCAUACACCACAAAUCAUCCAGACACCACAAAGCAUCCAUACACCACAAAUAAUCCAGACACCACAAAUAAUCCAGACACCACAAAUAAUCCAGACACCACAAAUAAUCCAUACACCACAAAGCAUCCAUACACCACAAAUAAUCCAGACACCACAAAUCAUCCAUACACCACAAAGCAUCCAGACACCACAAAGCAUCCAUACACCACAAAUAAUCCAUACACCACAAAAUGAUCAUACACCAAAAAAGUGCCUAAAGCAAAAGGACCCUAAACCACAAAACAACGAUACACCAGAGAACAAACCCAUCCCACAAAAUGACUACAUUUUAGGAAACAGACAAAAUAAUAAGGCUGAUGACGAUGCUUUUGUGAUCUGCAUUAUGUUUGUAUUGUUUGUAUACUUCUUAUUUAAACAUGCAUUUUAUUUUUUUAUUUUUUAUUUUUCAUUUCAAUAUUUUUUUAUUUUUCAGAUGUUACAAGGUGAGACAAUACCAACACAUUAACGGCAAAACAACAUGUAAUAAAACCAACAAAAACAAAACAGACUAGGAGAAAAAACGAAUACAUUGGGAAUUUAGAUUACAACUAAUUAGGGAGAGUAAAAAAUGCAUUAUCUAAAACAAGCAAUGAUUUAAAAAACCCUUCAGUAAAGGGUUGUUUUGUUAUAUGCUUUGUUUUGCCUCAAUAUAUUUGAUUAUAUCGUGUACUAUGGUCUCUCUUUGUAAAACAUGUAUACAGUUGAGAUACAGAAUGAGAUAAUGGGUUGGUAUGACGUGCUUUUGAUGAAAGGCCAAAUCUUUAUCUUUAUUCAUGGAACAAUGUCAUGCUCCAGCAUGUAUUCAAAAAGGCCCAGGUGAGCCUAUUCAGCUGUCAACCCUCCCAUACCAGAUGUCCUCAUAACAAUAAGGCAGGGGGCAACACUUAGUUUUACAAGUGCAGGUUCCAGCUAUUGGUUGCAGGAACUUAAAACUAAAAUGGUUUCAAUUUGUUGUCAACUUUUGUAUACAUUUAGUAAUUAACAUACUCUGUUGUUAUAGGUCAGCUUGCUAUCAAAAUAAAACUAUAAAAGAAAACAAUCUUAUUUAUAGUAACCUGACCAAACCCAGACAACUUAAUUUGCUUUGCUAUUGUUAAACAGAAGCUUGUACACAGGUGACUAAACCCAACAAUGCAGGUGUAGCGUUGUCUGGUUCUGUAAGUAACAGCAAUAUUUAAAUAUCACUACAUUAACAAAGAUUAAGAAUGUAUUUGUUUGUUUUUUAUAUGUAGGAUGUAGGCUUGGUUAAACAUGUUUGUGAUUAAAUAUGAAAUCAACAAUCACUAACCCUGAACUGUGAAAGGCAGGAGUGUAUUUUAAUUGAGGGAUUUUUCUGUAAUGUUUGAAAGUGUUUGUGUUUAUUAAACUAUCAUUUAUCAGCCAGACUGAUGAAAGUG